AUGGAAAAAACAGACAUCAGUCAUGUUGAGCUUGCAGAGGACUCUGACAAGCAAUCUACUCAGGACGGGCAGGUUGAGCUAUUCAAAGACAAUCGGGUUGUACUCAUACCGGCCCCGUCUGCAGACCCCAGAGAUCCAUUGAACCUUCCUCCAUGGCGCAAAUGGGUUCUUUUAGUCCUUGUCUCCGCAUAUAGUUGCACGGCCGUUGUGCUUGCUUCUGGAAUGGGCCCUAUCUUCUCCGUCGUUGCGCAAGAUUAUCCCGGCCAGACGGCCAAAGCCAACGACCUCUUGACUUAUCCGACGCUUUUCAUGGGUGUUGGAAACCUCAUCACCAUGCCGUGGGCAUACACUGCGGGCCGACGGCCUGUAUUUCUUGCAUCAAUGCUUCUCCUCAUUGGAGCUGGUAUCUGGUGCCAGUGUUCGCACAGCUUGGGAAGUCACAUUGCAGGCCGCAACAUUAUGUCGCUGGCGGCCGGGCAGAGUGAAGCGCUUUCCCCAAUGAUUGUCCAAGAAAUACAUUUUCUCCACGAGCGUGGUCGGAAGAUCGCUUGGUUCGUCUUUAUCCAAAACAUCGCCGCCUGUGUGUUUUUUGUUACCUCCACAUACAUGGUUUCUGCAUGGGGAUGGAGAUGGUGGUAUGGCUUUUUCAGUAUCAUGAAUGCCCUGAUUUUCUUUCUGUCUGUCAUAUUCGUGACAGAAUCUCAAUUCGUGCGCCCCGAGGAAGCAGUUCAGGGGCAGUCCGUAUUGGAUCCUAAGGUAGUGGAUGCGAUGGAAAACAUCACCCUCAGCGCUCAUGGUACCGUUCUUGACAUUGAUCGAUACGGACCUCGUCGUUGGCGAGAUGACCUGAAGCCAAUGGUGCUCAAGCCACGUCUGUGCGAUGUUCCUAUUUUCUACAAGCACAUCCUACAAGGGUUCUGUAUUCCAACGAUUUUCUGGCUAUUGUUGCUGAACGGUGCUUUCCUUGGCGUCUACGUCUUCCAAUCUUCAACUUUCUCGAGUAUUCUUAUGCCACCACCCUACAACUUUGCUUUCACAUCUCUUGGAUACGUCCAAGCCGGCCAGCUAGUUAGCUGUGUCAUUUUCCUCCCAUUGUUGGGCUAUGGAGGUGAUCUGACCAUCCGUGCCUUCAGUCGCCGCAACAAAGGCCUUUAUAAGCCGGAAUACCGUCUACCCAUGAUGGCUAUUCCGGCCAUUACUGGUGUCAUUGGCGGUCUGAUAUACGGACAAGCAGCAGCGAAUCCGGAGAAGUGGAAUGUCAGCGCUGUGGUUGUCACGUAUAAUGCUAGCUUCUUCGCGUUCCUUGGAGCCAAUAUCGUUGGAAUCACUUAUGCCGUAGAUAGUUUUCCCCAGCGUGCUGCACCAUUUCUGGUUGUUAUUUGCGCCGGAAGAGGUCUUAUCUCCUUUGGCCUGAGUUAUGCUACUUUGCCUGCUGUUUCCUCUCUUGGGUAUGAUGGAACAAUGGUUGUGGAAGCUGUAAUUUGUGGCGCGUUGGCUCUCAUUGCUAUUCCCAUCUACUUUUUCGGGCCUAGGACUCGAUCUCUUGCGACACGUUUCCUGAUCGACAAGGAUGAGAGUUAA